AUGGGGGUCGGGGUCACCAAACCUCCGCGCCGACGCGAAGACCCUGAGCCGUCCGAGGGUCUCACGUUCUCAGGAAUGCUCCAGGGCUGCCUCCAGCGGUCUUUCACUCUUCCAUUCAGAUAUUUCCCGCCCAGCAUGCGGCGAGGAGUCCUUGUCUUCAUCGUGUGCACCGUGAUUGUGCUCGGCUUCGCGGUGCAUCAAGUCUGGACUCUCCUGGAACUGCUCGUAAUCAACGGCAUCGGCGACGCGAUUCUCAAAGAAGACGUCCCACCAGUGGGAUCWGAACUGAGCGAUGAUGUGCCUUCGAAGCACAUGAUUCCCAAGAUCCUCCACCAGACAUAUAUCAAUACGAGCAUUCCUCUCGUGUGGCAGGAAGCGCAGGCCAGCUGUCUGAAGCUGCACCCCGAGCCCGAGUGGGAGUACAAGUUAUGGACAGACGCAAUGUCGUUGGACUUCAUCGCGGAGAACUACCCCGAGUUUCUGGAGACAUUCAAGAACUACCGCUAUCCCAUUGAGCGAGCGGACGCGAUCCGAUACUUCGUGUUGGACCAUUAUGGAGGGGUGUACCUCGAUUUGGACGAUGGGUGUCAAAGGCCGCUGGAGCCGCUUCUGCAAUAUCCAGCCUUUGUGAGAAAGACAGUGCCUACAGGGAUAAGCAAUGAUGUGAUGGGGGCAGUACCACAUCACCCAUUUUUCAAGCUGGUAAUGGAAGAGCUCAAGAGUUUCGAUCGCAGCUGGGUGCUGCCUUAUAUCACAGUCAUGGCCAGUACGGGACCUCUAUUCCUGAGUGUCAUCUGGAGACAUUACGGCGACGAGGGCUUCAAUGUGGGAGACGAUGCAGAUGGUGGCAGGAUCAGAAUCCUGUUUCCGGACAUGUAUCAGGGGAAGGAAUGGAGUUUCUUCACACACCACAAGGGUAACAGCUGGCACGGCUACGAUGUGCAGUUGAUCUUCUGGAUGUCUCGACAUUGGAUCUUUAUGACCGUAUUCGGUUUCGCUCUCGGAUUCACCCUCUUAUUUCUGGGCUGGUACAGCUACCACAGAUAUUUCCUCAAAGCCCCGAGCGAUGUUCCACAUUGGAAAUCGCAAUCGAUCCGAAAUCGUAUACCUUUCUGGGCCAGAAGGAGUACGCGGAGAGAGUAUGAAUUGGUCAACCGGCACGAAACAUAG